AUGGCGCCCCACUCACCUUCGCACUCGGAGGAGCAGCGCCACCUGCUUCAGCUCCGCCGCAUUCUCAUGGAGGAAGAAGAGGACCAUGCCUAUGGUGAUCACCCCGCUCUCCUUCACGUCCAGCAGCCCUUCGCCCAAAUCCUCUCCUCCUCCUCCACCUCCACCUCCACCUCCUUGUUGCCGGAGGAUAACAAUGGGGUCGUCUCGGCCAACCUGCUUGUCAACACGGACGACUACAACCCAGACAUGUUCAGGGCUGCCUUCUUCAAGGGCAUGGACGACGCCGGCAAGUUUCUGCCCACCCCUCCCAAGGAGAAAGCCGCAAGGGGCCACGGCGUUGAGGACGAGCUGGAUGUUUGCAGGGCGCCAACCAAAGUGGCGGCGGUGGAAGCCGAUACCAACGAGAUGUUGGACCAAAUGAUGCUCCACGGCUUUGCCAUCCCUAUGGAGGAGAAGGCCAGCAUGAACAAGUGCAACAAGAACAAGGAGGCGGAGGCGGUUGACCUGCACACGCUGCUGCUCCAUUGUGCCAAGGCGGUGGUGGACGAACGCCGGAGCGCGGCUGAGCUGCUGGAGCAGAUCAGGCAGCAUGCCUCGCCCACCGGGGAUGCCGUGCAGCGCCUUGGCCAUUGUUUUGCCAAGGGGCUGGAGGCCCGGUUGUCGGGCACGGGGAUCCAUGCGUACCGGUCGCUCGCCGCAACGCGGACAUCAACGGCAGACUUCCUCAAGGCCUACCAGCUCUUCAUGUCCACCUGUUGCUUCAGAAAGGUGGCCUUCACCUUCGCCAACAAGGCCAUCUUCAAUGCUGCAGCUGGAAGAAGCCGGCUGCACAUCGUGGAUUAUGGCCUCCAUCACGGCUUCCAGUGGCCGGAGCUGCUGCAGUGGCUAGGGGAAAGAGAGGGUGGCCCGCCGGUGGUCAGGAUCACCCACAUUGAUCUCCCACAGAGCGGGUUCCGACCAGCAAAGCACAUGGAGGAGAUGGGUACUCGGCUCAGCCGCUGUGCCCAUCAGUUCGGUGUGCCAUUCGAGUUCCGUCUUAUCGUGGCACCACAGUGGCAGAGCGUGUGCGUCGAUGAUAUCAACAUGGAGCCUGAUGAGGUGCUCACCGUCAAUGACCUCUUCAAUUUCAGGACCUUAAUGGACGAGAGUGUUGUGAUAGACAGCAAGAGCCCCAGAGACAUUGUCCUCAGCAACAUCGCCAAGAUGCGGCCGGACGUGUUCGUCCAUGGCACCGUGAAUGGAUCCCAUGGCAUCACCUUCUUGUCACGCUUCCGAGAGGCUCUCUUCUACCACUCUGCCAUGUUUGACAUGCUCGACGCGACGAUGCCACGGGAGAGCCAACUGCGGCUGGUGCUGGAGCAGGACAUCCUUGGGUGGGUCGCCUUGAAUGCCAUUGCUUGCGAAGGCGAGGACCGGGUGGAGCGUGGGGAGACAUACAAGCAGUGGCAGGUCAGGAACCAAAGGGCAGGCCUGAGGCAGCUGCCGUUGAACAGGGAGACUCUUGUCAUGGUUACCAAUAUGGUUAAGAAACAUUACCACAAGGAUUUUGUCAUUGAGGAAGAUCAACAGUGGCUUCUUCAGGGGUGGAAGGGCCGAAUCCUCUUUGCCCACUCUACAUGGGUAGCAAAAUGACUAGUCUAGCUCCUCGCUGCUACAAUUCCCUCCACGAUGGCAGAUAUAUUCCAUUCAAAAGAAAUAUUUUAUGGAUUACUGUGUGUUACUGCGUGAAAGAAAAUAAUUAUAGCUGUGUGAGUAAGCACUGUAUUCUUAUUGUUCUGAAAUUUUUGCAAGGAUAGUCAUAUAUU